CUAGAAGAGGAAAGAAUCAUCUAGACUCAGGCACCUGGUAGACUCAUCUUUUCACCAAGCCUAGCAUAACAUUGCCUUAUAAAUAUUCCAAGUCCAACUCAUCAACCACACUCGCUUCAAACUCUCUCAAUUUUCUUUCAUCAAUCGCAAGCCAUGAGCCGACACCCUACAGUAAAAUGGGCCCAGAGGUCUGAUAAAGUCUUCAUAACCAUUGACUUGCCAGAUGCCCAGGAUGUGAAACUAAAACUGGAGCCUGAAGGGAAACUUUUCUUUUCUGCUACCAGUGGAGCAGAUAAGAUACCCUAUGAGGUUGACCUUGACCUGUUCAACAAUGUUGAUGUUAAUGAGAGCAAGGCUAGUGUUGGCCUGAGAAAUAUCUGUUAUCUUGUCAAGAAGGCAGAGAACAAAUGGUGGAGCAGAUUGCUAAAACAGGGGGGGAAACCUCCUGUGUUUCUGAAAGUUGAUUGGGAUAAGUGGGUUGAUGAAGAUGAGGAAACGGAUGGAAAACCUGGAGCUGAUAUGGACUUUGGUGAUUUCGACUUUUCGAAAAUGAACAUGGGUGGCACUGAUUUUGAUGCUGCUGGUGACGAUGAAAAUGAUGACAGCGACACAGAAGAUGAGAAUGUGGAGGAAGCAUUAUCGGCCAACACCAAGGAAAAAACAUCAGCUGCUAUUGAGACUGAUGAUAAAAGAGCUUGAAGCUUUGAAUUUGGGUGUGCUGUCAACUUUUAGGAUUUUUAUCUACAUCUUAUGUUUGGACAAAACGAAUUUAUUAUAAAAAUUGCUUCUAUGGCUGUCUAAUCCUUCCUAUUUUUCUGUUUCACUGAAAAUAUUUGCUCCUCACUUUGGUAAUUUUGAAUUAAUGAUAAUGUAAUAUUCAAUGACAUGAUAAUAUAUCAUAUGUGUAUCUAUUUAUGUGUUCAAAA